UGAUGACGAUCAAGAGAGUAAAAAGAACCAGCAGCAUUUCGCCCAUAGAACCAGCAACAUGACAAUUCGCUGAGUUAUUUUUUUUUGUUAUCUAAAUAAACAUACAUAUGUCGUAUGUCAAAAAUAAAUAAUAAUAAUAAUACAAAAUUAUUACUCAUAAAUGUGUAACAAGUUUCAUGUGAUGAUUAUUAAUUAAUUGUGAAAAAUAUUAUUUGUUAAAUAAUAAUGUGUGUGUUUUAAUGACUUAGAAAUAAAUAAUUUUUUUUUUUUCCUCACACGUGAUCAGCUUUGGAGUAUUUUAUUUUUUUUAAAUAAAUAUUCAGUGAAUAAAUUAUCUGGAUACAUUUGAUAACAGUUCACGGCUAUCAUCAUUUAUCUCCAAAGAAAAUAUUACAACUGAAUAAAUAAUAAUAAUACAUGAUACUAGGUUAAGAUGUCACAUCACAGCGACGAUAAUAUGUUGAUAGCAAGUACAGAUUCAUUCUGGGAGCCAGGUAACUACAAACGUACUACAAAAAGAAUUGAAGAUGGUCACAAAUUAUGUGACAGUUUAAUACAAUUAGUACAAGAACGUGCUGAAAUUGAAAAAAAUUAUGCAAAAGCAUUAAAAGGAUGGUCUAAAUCAUGGAAUGAAAAAAUUGAAAAAGGACCAGAAUAUGGUACUGCUGAAGCUGCAUGGAAAGGUGCACUUGGUGAAUCAGAUAGACUUUGUGAUGUUCAUUUAAGAAUCAAAGAAAAUCUAUGUAAUGAUAUUAUUCAACAAGUCAAAACAUGGCAAAAAGAUGCAUAUCACAAGUCAAUGAUAACACUUAAAGAACGUAAAGAAAUGGAGGAUGCAUUUAAAAAAGCACAAAAACCAUGGGCCAAGUUACUUCAAAAAGUUGAAAAAACUAAAACUGAUUAUCAUAACAGUUGUAAAACUGAACGUACUGCUGCUAAUAUGGAAAGAAAUGCAUCAGCUGAUAGUUCAUUAUCACAAGAUCAGGUAAAAAAAAUGCAAGAUAGAGUACAAAAAACCAAGGAAGAAGUUCAAAGAGCUAAAGAAAAAUAUGAAGCAUCAUUGCAAGAAAUAAAUCAGUAUAAUCCAAAGUACAUGGAAGACAUGACACAAGUGUUUGAAAAAUGUCAAGAAAUGGAAGCUCAAAGAUUGCAAUUUUUUAAGGAUGUGUUAUUUGGUAUUCACAAAUGUCUCAACAUAUCACAAGAUCCAGUGCUUCCAGUUAUUUACGAGGAAUUUUAUCACACAAUAAAUAAUGCUGAUCAUGAAAAAGACUUGAAAUGGUGGUCGAACAAUCAUGGUGUCAAUAUGGCUAUGAAUUGGCCACAAUUUGAGGAUUAUACUGAAGAAUUUCGUGAAAUCACCAAAGGAUCAAAAUCAAAAGAAGCAUUACCAGCUGGAUCAAUAACUCUCAUCAAUCAACGACCAGUUGGCGAAGAUUUGCAUGAUUUUCCACCAGUUAAUAAUAAGGCCAAAGUGAAGCCAAUGGCAAGAGUAAUAUCACCAGAGAAUAAUGGAGAUGGUAAAACUGAUACAUUAGGAUCAAUGAAAAAUCAAAGUCCAGAGAAAAAUAAUCAUGAUGAUAAUUCAGUUAGCAGAACACCCACAAUUACAAACGGUACAAAUUCAAAACAAGAAUCAAAUCCAUUUGAUGAAGAAGAAUGGGAUGAGGAUGGUGGUGAGGCUCUGGUUGAUACUGGUGAACCAGGUGUUCCAGUUCGUGCACUUUAUGACUAUGAAGGAGCUGAAGCUGAUGAGCUUACUUUUAAACAAGGAGAUGUUUUUGAAAAACUGGAGGAUGAAGAUGAACAAGGCUGGUGUAAAGGCAGAAAAGAUGGUCGAGUGGGUCUUUAUCCAGCAAACUAUGUCGAUGCUACUUCACCCUAAACAAAUAAACAAACAAAAAAAACAAUAUAUUCAGUAAAAAAAAAAAUAAAACGCCAAAUUACAAGUGAUAUUUAAUUCACCAAUAAAAACACUGAUAAUAAUUACAAAAAUUUACAAAGGUAGUGCAGAUAAAAAUUACCCAAAAUAUACAGUCCUGAAUUUAUGAAAAAAAUUAUAAAUUAAAAAUCAUCAAGAGUAGAUAAUCUAAAAUAUAUUAUUACUAUUAUUAUUUUUUGAUAACAUCAAUUGAAUAUUUGUUUUUAUUUAUUAAUUAUUUUUCUUUAAAAAAAAAAAAUAAUUUAAAAAAACUCUGGAGUUUUGUUUAAUUAAUAAUUGAAGAAUAUUUUUUUUCUUUUUUUAAUUUCAUUGGCUAGUUUUUUGAGAAAAAAAAAAAAAAACAAUGAGACAAUGAUUGAAUUAAAUAUGAGCGUAUGUCAAUUAAUUUUUGAAAAGAAAAAAAAAAACAAAUAUAAAAAAAAUGUACAGUCAUGCGUUUAUUCUUCUUAACUAAAACUAUAUUUUAUCUUAUUUUUUUGUUUCAAAUAUACAAUAUGAUUUAUUAUUUUUUUUUCUUUAUAAAAAUAAAUUAGUUUAAUUUAAUUUAUUACUACUGAGUUAAUAUAUUAUUAAUGAAUAUAAAAUUUAUUGUAAAUAAUAGCGUUUAAAUAAAUAGAAAAUAUGUAUCGUUUAGUGAAUUAUAUAAUAUCAGUCAGUAAUUAAUAUUAUAUAUUUAAAAAAACAUACAGGUAUUUAAAACAAAAAUAUUAUUAAAAUACACAUUUACUCAACACUGUGUAUCCAUGAAAAAAGGGGCCCAACAAUUUUUUUUUUCCACACAAAAAACGAAAAAGAUAACUAACAAAUUUAAAAUUUCACUAAUAAAAAUCCUGAGUAAUUGUGUUUCAUGGAAUAAAUAUUGUAUUGAAGGAAAAAAAAAAAAACAUUAAAAAUAUUAUUAAUAUCAUUUAAAUCAAAAAAAUUUUCUUUAAUGUAUAUAUUUAUUUUCUUUUAAAAUUGUGAGAAUGAUUAGAACUAUUGUUAAAUUUUUUUGUUCAAUUUAAAAUGAUAAAUUUAAUUAAAGUAUAUUUUCAAUUAUAUCGGCUAAAAUAUUAUUAUAUUAAUAAAUCUGUAUGAAAGAUAAAGAAUUUAAUAGUUGAGAAAAUAAAAAAAAUUUUUUUUUUGUUAAUUAAUUUUUGUUUUUAAGCAAUAUGUAUGUAAAUAAAAUAAAAAUGUAAAGGACAUGUACUUAUAAAUAAUGUUCUCCCAUUCUCCAUGGUUAAAAAAAAAAUAUAAUAAUUGUGAAUUAUAUAUAUCGAAUAAAUGAACAACACAUAACAAUUUUUUUUUUUUUUUAUAUAUAAUUUUUUUUAUCUAAAUUAUAAUAGUUAAUCUAUUUUAAUUUUUACAAUAUAACAAAUUUGUUACAAAGUAUCUUGAAUGUGAUGUCACUCAAAAUGCCAAUUUGUAAAAAAAAAAAAAUUCCGCAAAAUCGUUUUUUUUAAAACUCGAGGGAAAAAAAGAAAAAAAAAAAAAAAAAAAAA